GUCUGUUUGCUUAGACCGUGCUGGCAGUAAGGUACACGAUGAGCACUACUGACUAGCCUCUAACAACACUGCAAACGCUUAAAUAAUGGCUUGGCAAGGUGCUGCAACGUAUGAUCACAUCCAUUUUACCAUUGGAAUUAUAAUAUAUUCGAGAAAUACGGAUUUUAGUUUCCUAUUCAGAUGACGAUUGAAUCUUAUUCGGCGUCCGUAACGCAGUCAUCUUUUGGCGGCAGAAUGGAAAAACGGCAGAAAACAGAACGGGACGGCGACAAAGAGGACGGAGAAGAGAAUGAAGGCAUGAGACAAGAAGCGCAUCUGGAACCCGGGCCAUCCGAUAUGACCAAAGCUAUAAUAUUGGCUGCAUUCAAUGACGAACCGGAGAUGAACAGAGUUCAGUUCGCUACAACUCCAUCGGAUGAUGAAUCUCUACCACCAGACCCGAUACAGUUCACAGCGGACGAGAUCUCCCCAGUUCCAAGAAGACGCAAGCACAAGAGCAAGUCCUCUCAAUCAUCCAAGACAGCAGAGGCAAAACAUCACUCAUCCAAAUUAAAGCCGAAGGAAGAUUCAGGGGCGCAGAAAGAUAUCAAGAAAACCAACACUUAAUUUCACAAACUGUGUUCAGCUGAUGAUUGUUUAUACUCGACAUUCUAUAUAUUAAUGUAUGUGUUAAUCAAGACUGUUAUCAUUUGCAGUUAAAUGACUGAGGUGUACGAUUUAUUUAUCUGAUACUUAUUUAUAUCUGGGAAGUGUAUGAGUUAUGCAAUUAAACAAGCAUUGAAAGCAAAUACAAAUGCUUAAUUAAAA